CUCCGCGGGGCCACGGUUCUCCGACCGGCUGUGGUAGUGUCAGCUCCUGUGAAGGAAGUUUCCGCUUUGCACCCCACCCGGACCACAGUUCGGUUGUAGGGCCAGCUCCCUCCGGCUCCACAUCAGCGCAUCCGGAUCAUGGGGUUAUCCAAGGGGCCGGAGGGCCAGGGGCUCCCGGAGGUGGAAACGAGAGAAGAUGAAGAACAGAACGUCAAGCUGACUGAAAUCCUGGAGCUCUUGGUUGCAGCUGGCUAUUUCAGAGCAAGAAUUAAAGGCUUGUCUCCUUUCGACAAGGUAGUAGGAGGAAUGACGUGGUGUAUCACCACGUGCAGCUUUGACGUGGAUGUGGACUUGCUCUUUCAGGAAAACUCUACAAUUGGUCAGAAAAUAGCUCUAUCGGAAAAGAUUGUCUCCGUCCUCCCAAGGAUGAAGUGUCCCCACCAGCUGGAGCCCCACCAGAUCCAGGGCAUGGAUUUUAUCCACAUAUUCCCUGUGGUGCAGUGGCUGGUGAAACGAGCUAUAGAAACAAAGGAAGAGAUGGGCGACUACAUCCGCUCCUACUCCAUAUCCCAGUUCCAGAAGACCUACAGCCUCCCCGAGGAUGAUGACUUCAUAAAGAGAAAAGACAAGGCCAUCAAGAUGGUUGUUGACCUCUCAGAUGCUUACAAGCCCCGGCGAAAGUACAGACGGCAGCAGGGAGCAGAGGAGCUGCCGGACGAGGAGUCCCGAGUCCACUCCACGCUUUUGGAAUAUGGCAGGAGAUACGGAUUUAGUCGCCAGAGCAAAACAGAGAAGGCUGAGGACAAGAAAACAGUGCUUGCUGCAGGCUUGUCAGCUGGAGAGAAAACGGAUGUUCACGAGGAGGAUGAGCUUCAAGCAGCGGAAGAGCAACGUAUUCAGUCACUGAUGACCAAGAUGACCGCCAUGGCAAACGAGGAGAGCCGUCUCACUGCAAGCUCCGUGGGCCAGAUCGUGGGUCUCUGCUCUGCCGAGAUCAAGCAGAUUGUGUCUGAGUAUGCAGGGAAGCAGUCUGAGCUGUCCGCUGAAGAAAGUCCAGAGAAAUUAGGAACCUCCCAACUGCAUCAGCGGAAAGUCAUUUCCUUGAAUAAGCAGAUUCUGCAGAAGACCAAACAUCUAGAAGAGCUGCAAGCGAAUCAUAGCAGCCUCCAAGCCAAGUACAGCGACCGGAAGAAAGCGCUGACAGAGCUAAAGAAUCACGGUGAGAAACUAGACAAAGAGCAGGCAGCCCUGGAGAAAGUAGAAGCCAAAGCCGACCCAAGCAUUCUGCAGAACCUGAGAGCACUCGUAGCCAUGAAUGAAAGUCUGAAAAGCCAGGAGCAGGAGUUUAAAGCGCACUGCCGGGAAGAGAUGGCUCGACUCCAACAGGACAUUGAGACCCUGAAAGCUGAGAGAGCACCAGGCGAAAAGACCAUCUCCAGUGGAGAGCCGCAGGGUACCCUGACCUCUACCAUGACUCACAAUGAGGACCUGGACAGACGGUACAACAUGGAAAAAGAGAAGCUGUACAAGAUCCGGUUACUACAGGCACGAAGAAAUCGGGAAAUAGCGAUUUUGCAUCGCAAGAUUGAUGAAGUGCCCAGUCGGGCAGAGCUGAUCCAGUAUCAGAAGCGAUUUAUUGAACUCUACCGGCAGAUUUCCGCAGUACACAAGGAAACCAAGCAGUUCUUCACUUUGUACAAUACCCUGGAUGACAAAAAAGUUUAUCUGGAAAAGGAGAUUAGCCUACUGAACUCCAUUCACGAGAACUUCUCACAAGCCAUGGCCUCCCCUGCUGCCCGGGACCAGUUUUUAAGGCAGAUGGAACAGAUUGUCGAAGGCAUUAAACAAAGCAGGAUGAAGAUGGAAAAGAAGAAGCAGGAGAACAAGAUGAGAAGGGACCAGUUGAACGAUCAGUACUUGGAGCUCCUGGAAAAGCAGAGGCUCUACUUCAAGACUGUGAAAGAGUUCAAAGAGGAGGGCCGAAAGAAUGAGCUAUUACUGUCCAAGAUCAAAGCCAAGGCCUCCUGAGAACUCCAUCUCCAUUUCUGUAUGUCGGUGAUUUUUUUUAAUGACGUGUAUAGACUACAGGAUCUUGACACGGUUCUGCAGAUAAUGGUGGAGAGAUCCAGGAAGAUUCAUUUCCACUCUCUAGACGAAUGUUUUCUUUCUCCUACUUGUUUCAUUUCGUCUCUCCUGGCUGUGGCUGAUGGACUCAGAGUAACACCACGUGGAUGACACACAGAACCCUACGAAGACCAAGAACUGUGGGCAGUGCCCACUCACUCUAUCCAUUCAACUUGUAUUUCUUCAUUGGCACUGCGUUUAUGAAGGUACCCGGAUGUGUGCAGGCUCUGAGAAUAAAGAGCAUUAUGUCCAGCAAGUAUUGAGCAACUGCUAAGACAUAAGCCCUGAGGUCAAUGUAGCUGAACACUGUCCCUGCCCCUCUGGCAUCUAGCAGGGGCUCAGAGAGCAGAUGUGACCCUCUUGCUCCCCAAAGCUUGUCCCCUGAAAUGUUUCAGAAGGCUGCUGGAUGAGCAGCCAGCCCAUUCACCUACCGUUGUGCCUUUUGUUCUGGCUUCUCACUGUAUGUAUGGACUCUAGGCUAGGCUGGUGUGCAGAGCAGUAAGCCCACUGGUGUAGAGACAGAAGCAGGUGAGGUUCAGGUUUAUAAGAGUCCACCCAUUUGUGUUGUGAAGACGGAUACCAAGUGACCAUGAUGGGCUUUGGAAAUGGGAAGCCUUGGUCUGGAGCCGUGCUUCUCAGGCAUUUGCUCUGGUGUGGCUGUAGGUGCAUCCUGCCCUCAGGCUGCAUGUGGUCAAGGACAGCUGUGAGAGUGGCUCCCCUGUAGCUCCUUUAACCCUGCCCACAGCCCAGGCUCACUCGAUGGGAAUAUUGCAAAUGCACUUUUCGUUGAGGACACUUGAACAAGAAUUGAAGCUCUCCAUAUCCAAAUGGGCAUAUCCCUGUUGGAAGCAUAUCCCAUGUUCUUGCAGUGUCUGGGUUUCAGUGAAGGUUAAGAUGUGCACACUGUUGAGUACCAUCUGGUCAAACAAGGGGAAAGACAGCAGGUGCAGUGCAUGGAGGAAAAGGAGCUAGUACUCAGGGGCACGGAGACUCCACGAGCAAACAGCACUUGGGCCGGAGCUGAAAGGAAUAGGAUGUUAGGUGAGAUGGGAAGGAGGGCCUCUAAUAACCCCUAAAGGGUUGGGUCUAACCUCUGGAAAUGAGCAGACCAAAACAAUCACAGAGCAUCCCCCAGUUCCCCAGUUGUCAGGAACCUAACAACUGGGUCAUGCUCAGGUAGACCCCAGUGUGAGGUUUGUACUCCUUCUGCAUAAACUUGCACACACAUGAACUGAACAGCAGGUUGGAACCAUUAAACAGAAGCAGGUGGAGUUUAGUUUCCUAAUGUAUGUGAUUAAGAGGCACGAAGCAUACAUAGGAAAGAAAAGGUGCUGGGGCUCGGUCAGUAGAGUGCUUGCCUAGGUUCCAUCCCUAACAUCACAUAAAUAGACAUGGUAGCAUACACUUGUGAUAGAGACAGGAGGAUCAGGACAUUGAGUGUAUUGUAGGCUAAACAGCAAACUGGAACCAGCCUGCCCUACAUAAAAUUCCCACCACAAAAGAAAAGCCCACGUAGGCAGAAUAACAUCCGUUGCUAAACUAGGGCCACCGAGCUGUAGUGAGCUGGGUAGGAACAGCAGUGUCUAAAGAACCACUGCCCUGUGGCAGCACACACCUAGUGAGCCAUGGGUGUGCUCUACCUCCACAGAGACAUACGUGGUCAUUGGAGCAUUGGGAAAAGGCUCAGCUGGAAUAGUGUAAAAUAAUAAUAAUGUUAAUAAAAAUAAAGUAGUUCUUUGAGGGAGAACACACCAUGUGAGAGCUAUACCAAUUCAGAAGAGAGGCUCAUCUGUCUGUAUUAUCUUGAAAGAAGCUAAUUUACCCAGAACUCUGGCUAAUGUCAGUGUUAGAACAGAGGUGUAGGGAGGGGAGUGGGAACAUGUUAGGUUCAGGGUUAGUGGAGUCCAACUACCUAUGUCUGGGAGAGGUGUGGACUAACUGAUCUAAAGCACCUGUAACUGGAUUUGGAAAUGGGACCCUGUAUUUGGUGCUGUUUCUAGAGACUUCCUUUGGUGUGGUUGUAGGCUGAUCGACUACAGGCUGCCUAUAGCUGAGGAGUGCUGUCAAUGUAGCCCAGCACGAACUUGUAAAGUCAUUUAGAACACAGAUUAUUUUCUCUCUUUUUUAAAACUCCAUUACACUGUGUAUUCUAUAAACUUUGUAGAUGACUGUGUCGUGCUAUAGAAGCAAAAGGUUGAUCACUCCUGGGAGAGAGAGAUUGAGUUAGUAACUCUUGGUAGAGAGAUUGGUGGAUACUUUGUCCCAUUCCUUAAUCCAUGAGGCUUAAUAGAGAUGAUGAGAGGUUCCUGUUACUUGUUCUCCAGUACCAGGUACGACCUCCCUCCUGAGGAACAGGCAACAGAACUAAAGAGAAUGCAGGUGGUUGACCUAUAGUCGAGUCUCUAUGACUCCAAUGUUCUCAUCUUGCCUGGCAGGUUGGUAUUUCAGUCUGCAAGUCCAUAGCUGGGUAAGACUGUUGCUGUCACCCCAGCUGUCUGUGUAGCAACAUCGGACACUGUGAAAGCUAGCCAACAGAGAAGAGGCUUUGAGCUCAGAUCUAUCUUGAUUUCUCUGUCCUACAUUCAAAGUAUGUGGUAUCUAAAGCAGUAAUAUCUUACUCUCUGGUUCUGGUAAGCAACAAUAAGCAGCGGAUAACCUGUAUUGUCUUGGAGCCUUGUGGGUAGGCUGUGUUACUUAGGUCUUUGAAUUAAGACCACAGAAGCCGGCCCUGAGAACCCUACAUUUGCAUCAGACAUCCUGAAACAUAGACAGCACCUUCAUGGGUAAUUCCAGCAUGAAGUGGGCUGCGCAGUCUGACGUUAUUGGCUGAGGAGAUUCCCUGAGACCAGUGGUCAUUUCAGAAUCCACCUGGAGGCUGGUGGAAGGGAGGGGCCUCCUGGGGCAGUGUCUUCUGAACCGAGGCAUAGUACAGCGUUGUGUUUGGAGCCUACUGGCUUUUACCAGAAUUAUAAGAUGAUGAGGAAACAUCUGUAGGUGACUCUUUUUUUCAGUGUGCACUUUAAGAGAAACCAAAUUCAGAGCAGAGAGCUUGUUCUCAGGGCUGGCUCCCAGUGCCAUGCAUUGUUAGGACCAGCCUCUAGGUCAGGAGCCACCUUCCUUCCCACCUGCUUUUCCUGAAGUGCCUGAGGGUGCUCUGGUUAAGAGCAGGCUCAGAGCAGCUGUGAACAGGAUGAGGCUGAGGUGAUAGUGGAAGGUCUGGGAGGAUGUAGGGCCAUUCUGUUCUUGUCCAUGUUCAGUGGUUAGUCAGCCAGCAUCACAGGGUGGUGGUGAGUACUAUAGAAUGUCUGCUAACCUGCAUUCAAAGGUGUGUCUCUAAUGAAGCAGAGUCCAUGUUGGGCAUAUGCUCCUGUUUAUCUGGUUUGUAGCACUUGAUUCAAGAACAGUGAAGACAAAGGCUUGUGGUAGAACCAAACCCACACUGCUCACCAGGGAAGGCUUUCCUUCUCCAGACUGUUUCUGGGGGACCUCUCAGGGCCUUGAACAAAGUACCAGGCAGGCCUUCCAACAACUUUCUUACUACCUCCCAAGAUCCUAGUCCCAUUGUUUGUCACUUUGGCAGCCUCUUGUCUUUUCUAUCUUGAAUACUGUAGACAUGACCGGAAGGGGUAUCUGAGACACCCAGCCUGACCUGCAACCUCUAUGUGCAUCCCUUCUGCCUCCCCAUGGUUCUGUCUUGCCUGCUCUCCAGGUGAUGGAUGAUCAGCUUAAAGGAGCUGGGCAUCCUAGCAAUAACUUCCUACAGGGACUUGGCUUGUGAAGGUUCAGGCAGUUGAACUGAAGUAUGUUCUAAGAAGUACUGUAAGGAAGUGUUUUAUGAUGUAUUCAUUGACAGGGUUCAUCACUGAGACAAAGAAGACCUAAAUACAGAGCAGUGCAGUGAAGAGCCCAGGAACACGGGUGGGGGUGUCUGUUGCAGCUGAGGAUGGCUAGAGGAAGAGCCUUCUGAGGUGCAUCUUAGAGCUUGCCAUGCUCUCCCUCCUAGCAGCAGGUGGCAAUGGGGCCGAAGUGGUAUGUAAAAGUAAUGAAGGGCGGGGGAGAUGUCUCAGUCAGUAAAGCAUGAGGACCCGAGUUAGGAUCCCCAGCAUCAAAGCCGGGCAUAGCAUUGUGCCCUUGUGUUCUCAGCACUAGAGAGGUGGAGACAAGGUUCCCUGGGGCUCGCUGGCCAGCCAGACUAGCCGAAUUGGUAAGCUUCAAUUCGGUGAGAAAACCUGUCUCAGAAUUAGGUAGAGAGCAAUGAAGGUGGCAUCUGAGUUAACCUCUGACCUUCACAUGCAUAGGCACAUUCAUACAGAUGCACACAUAUCCCCAUACACAUAAAGGAACAUGCAUAUGCAAAAAAAAUGCAUGUUUUCCUUCUCAAAGUAACUGUGUAUAAAUUCAUGAGCAGGGCUUUAGUGCCUCAUCUGCAGUGUGUUUGACACCAGGGGGAGUCGCUGCUUCUCUAUCCUCCUGUAUCCUCAUUGGCCUAUAUCAAUUUCCCAGACGGGCCAAACUACCCUCCAUUGAUACUCUCCUCUUGUGUCUGUCCUCUCCAUGAUUUGGGGUGAUGUCUUCACACUGGCCUCCUGGUCAUAUCAAAGUCCACUCAUCACAUUCCUGUUGUCUGUCCUAAUGACACAUGUCGCUCACUGCUUAAAGUUCCUCAUCCUUUGCAAGGUCUACAUCUGACCCCCUUUGGACUGUGUAAGGGCAGCGGAAGCAGGGACCCUGCCCACCUCAAUGUGGUUCAUCAGACAGUCAGAACACCCUCCUUGGUUAAGUUGGCUCCCCAAACUGUUAUCUUCACAUCUUAUAGUAGCAAAAUCUAGAUCUAACCUAAUCUGUGCUCAGGUUUAAACAGGCUGUCAGUUCUAGUCAGCAGCACUAGAGAAACCCUCUACGGCAUGUGUUCAUUAGACGCUAACCUUGAAGGAUGGAACAGAAAAGGAGUUUUCCAGAAGUUUCUAGGCUUUAACUCCAAGGUCACCUUUUGGAGAUGUGCAGUAUUGCGGCAGGGAGGGCACAUUAUUGUCAGAUAGGAUGAUUAGUGUGUUCUUCCUUCAGACGUGGUAGAUAAUUAAAGAAAACGGGGUGGUGCUGUGGCACUGUGGGCAGCAGCACACUGUGCAGUAAAUGGCAGAGCUACAAGCCUACUGUCCUUGGAGGACAGUAUAACAUCACAAAUCCAAUUGUACCGCCUUUUGAACCAGCUGUGCCACGUAUAGGAACUUUUCUUAUGUACAGAAACUUUUAUUAAAGCAAUGUUUGUAAUAACAAAAAGACUAGAAACUACCAUUAAUUCAGAACAGAGGUGAAAAACCCUGGCCUAUCUCUACAAUGGGGCAUUUUGCAGACACUUUAAAAGAAUAGUAUGUAUUGCCAAGGAACGUUCAAGGGAUCUUGGAGCCACAUGGUUAAGUGGGGAAAGAGAACAUGCAUGAACAUGCAUGAAAUGCUAGUGUUUGGAAUAGAGAUAAGUACAUGUAGGUGUGUGGAUGCAUGUGUGUGUGUAUACUCACACACAUGCUUGUAAUACAUCUGCUUGCCAGUUCCCAGACUGUCUCUGAGAAGUGACACAGUAGCCUGGCAGCCUCACUUGCCGCUUGGAAGAGGGUGGAAAUGACUUUUCACCGUUUGCCUUUUGUACUCCGGAGUUUUGUACCAUGUACAUGCAUUAUCUACUCAAAAAUAAAUAGUUUUUGAAGUUCAAUAACAA